AACAACCCAACGUGUUCCUAAAUGUGGCACUACUGCGGCAACAGCACGAAACGGUGUCGAUAAAUAAAACAUCUUCGUAGAUCAAAGAACAAAAAAACAACAACAAAAACUAACAUAUUCAUAUUGUUAUGCUGUGAUCUUGUGCGAGUGGAAUUGAAUGUUCAGAUGGAUAUUUGGAGAAGAAUUGUGUCCCCAAUUUCAUGAUAAGAACACGUAAGAAAUCGAAAUGACCGAAAGGCCAGAGAAACCUAAGAUACUAGGCCCAAAGCCGACGAUCGCCUCGAAACCAAAGCACGUCCCGCCCGUAAACCUGAAAACCCCAAAGUCGAACGUGGAGCGCUUCUCCGCGCACUUCUCCGUCGACAGCUACCAGAGACCUUCCUACUAUGACCAGACGGAUAAGAAUGGUGCGAAGGCGCCGAACUCCCCGAGCACGGUAUGUUGCAGCAUCCUCUCGCAAACCGCAAACGAUUGCUGCGGCGUCAUCCAAGCAAAAAAGGAAUUGAACGGAGGUAAGACUUUGACCAAGAACGAGUCCCUGGACUCGAACAGCUCGGACUCGGGCGGCUUCAAGGACUUCGUGCAGCUAGAACUGCCGUCCGAAACGAAGACGCACCAGAGGAAGAUCUCGCAACCGGAGUUCAAAACUACGACUCCUCACACCCACCACAGACAAGCUUCGCAACCGGAGCAAACCUUCCAGAAGCCGAGCGCACAGGUGCUGGCCUCGUUCCUUCCACCUGCAGUACCGGAACCGAGCUUCCCCAAACCGGGCAAACUGAAUAUGGUCGCGCAAACCAGCCAAAUGCUCUUCGAACGCGCUGAGGAAAGACCUAAACCAAAACCAUUAUUAAUAUCACAAGGACAAUUCCAACAAUCCACUAAGAAACUGGAGGAACUGCUCUCGCAACGUCUCGCCGCCGACAAGCUUACUCGCUUAAACCCCACGUGCUUGUUAGAUGGGGAAUCCAGCACGGACAUCGAGCAGAAGAUGCUCGUACAAAAACAGAUCCAACAGAAGCUUCAGGUAGAUCUGAAGCAGACCGUGAAACAAAUUCAGGAGAUCCAGAGCAUCGAGUAUCGGCUGCCGCAGAACCGGAAGUGGAACGAGAGCAAUAGGAGCCAACCGGCCAUCGGACUGAAGCACACGCCGAAAGCUCGU